UGCUGCCAUUGCGAUCUCAGAAGCAACAUCACUGGAGCUUCAGCCAAGCGUUUAGACCGUACGCUCUCCGCAGUCUCUAGAAACUCAUCAACAUGCCGACCGUCAAUGUUGACGCUGAGCGUUACGUCUUCAAGCCCCUCAAAAAGACUUUUGACGCAAAGGAGUUUGAGGAGCUAUGUUUCGAGUUUGGAAUCGAGCUGGAGGAAGCUACGUCCGAGCGGGAAAUGGCAGCAAAGGAGGGGGAAAAAGCUGAUGACUUGUCCGAUAAACUCGUGUACAAGAUUGAUAUUCCAGCAAACAGAUACGACAUGCUUUGUGGGGAGGGCAUUUCCCGGGCCCUGAAGGCCUAUUUGCAAAUUGAGAAACCACCUGUGUACAAGGUUGUUCACCCUGUAAACGGAAAGGCAUUGGAAAAGCUUUACGUCAAACCCGAGACUGGUGCUAUUCGACCUCAUGUCGUUGCGGCCAUCUUGCGAGAUGUAACUUUGGAUCAAGGAGCAUACGAUAGUUUCAUCGAGUUGCAAGACAAGCUACACAAUAAUAUCUGCCGAAAACGAACCCUGGUUGCCAUUGGAACUCAUGAUCUCGACACCAUUCAAGGACCUUUCUCCUACGAGGCUUUGCCUCCAAAGAGCUUGAAGUUCAUUCCCUUGAACCAGUCGAAAGCAAUGGAUGGCGAAGAAUUGAUGAAGUUUUACGAGACUGAUAGGAAGCUUAGCAAGUUCCUACAUAUCAUCCGAGAUGCACCACGUUAUCCCAUCAUCUUUGACAGCAAGCGCACGGUUCUUUCUCUUCCUCCUAUUAUCAACGGUGAUCACUCAAAGAUCAAAUUGUCAACCAAAAACAUUUUCAUUGAAUGUACAGCAACGGAUUUGACAAAAGCGAAGAUUGUCCUUAACACAGUAGUGACAAUGUUCUCGCAAUACUGCUCCAAACCGUUCACUGUUGAGCCAGUGGAAGUCGUUCAUGCUGAUGGAACGUCAGUGGUGUAUCCCGACUUGAGUUCAAGAACCGUAGAAGCAGAUGUAAACUACAUCAAUCGAUCGAUUGGUGUGAAUUUGGAAGCGGACAAGAUUGCGGAAUUGCUAGAGAAGAUGUCCCUAUCCGCACAGACAUCCGAAGACCACAAAAAAGUGAUCGUUUCGGUUCCACCGACGCGGAGUGAUAUCUUGCAUGCAUGUGAUGUUAUGGAAGAUGUAGCGGUUGCCUAUGGAUUUAACAAUAUUGUGGAAACUACGCCAAAGUUCGGGACUGUGGCGGUACAACAGCCGGUCAACAAGUUAACGGAUCAGUUGCGAAGAGAGAUUGCGCUAGCUGGUUACACAGAAGUGCUUCCCUUCACUUUGUGCUCUCAUGACGAGAAUUUUGCAUGGCUCAACAAAGAAGACAAAGGAGAGGCGGUCAAACUCUCAAAUCCUAAAACUGUCGAGUAUGAGGUCGUUCGCACCAGCCUGCUCCCCGGUAUGCUCAAGACGAUCAAUGCGAACCAGCAUUAUCCACGCCCUUUCAAGAUCUUUGAGGUCUCUGAUGUGGUGUUCAAGGACGACCGUUCCGAAUAUGAGCGGAGAUCACGUAACCAGCGUAAUUUGUGUGCUGUCUACAGUAACAACGCGUCCGGUUUUGAGAACAUCCAUGGCUUGUUGGAUCGGAUCAUGAUGAAACUGGACGUGAAGCUGGUUCCGCAUGGUGACGCGAAUGGGUAUUACAUUAAAGAAUCUGAGAACGCGACGUUCUUCCCUGGUCGACGUGCUGAUGUAUACUAUCAGAACGAGGUGAUUGGUUCGUUCGGUAUCGUGCAUCCCAACGUGCUCGAAAAGUACGAGAUCAGUUUCCCGUGCACGGCGAUAGAGAUCAACGUGGAGCCUUUUGUAUAAAUGGGAAAACAGUACACGAUGUUUUCGGAUAGAGUUUGGUAGUGAGAUAGGUCAUAUCAUUAUAAACAGUCCCAUACUGUAUCUUGUCAUUUGAACGGGAUUCACGGCGGCUGGAGCCGCUGGUUACAAGUAUCUUAGAACAUGGCCUAUUGGUCGUCCAACACUGUCAGACGUUGCUAUUUUUCACCUUCCGGGUUUACAGGAUUUUAACCCGAGGAGUUUGUGUAUUCAUUAGCCGUGUUUCUACUAUACAGAAACCACCUUUAAAUUUGGG